GAAGAUGUUGGUCCUCCGUGUUCUCGUUUGUGUAGCCCUCUACACCAGUGUUACAAGACUACACGCUCUAUUUGUACACAGUGAAAAUAUUUCAAAUGGAAAAUAUGCAAAACAGAGUAGUACCUCUUCGAUCUACGAUGCUAGUCGGGCUUUAAAUAAAUCAUAUGUGUCAUCUGGAUCACUAACAAAAUUUGCCAGCCCGUCCUGGUGGGAGGUCGACCUGAGGGGCUACUUCACCAUCAGCAGCAUCACCCUCACAGCAGCCACCUACGGGAGAUGGAAUGUUUACAUGAGAAAUGCCUUCGUGGAGGUGAUGGACAAAGAUGUCAGUCUCUGCUCUGAUGUCCAGUCGGAGUGGUGUGGGAAUGUGUCCAGCACUGUCACUGCUGGGGAAGAGUUCACCUUUACCUGCAAUGCUACAUUCCCUGUCCGCUUUGUCCGUAUCACAAGGCCAUUUACCACCAAUGUACACCUCGUUAUCGGACAUGUGGAUGUUCAAGGGGAGGGGGCUAAGAAGCCAUAUCGUUCCUACUACAAACCGUUGAAGAACAAGAAGGUGUCUCAGCCGUUCCUAACCACGUCAGCCAUAACAGCCGGAGACUGUGGCAUCAUUUGUCACCGAUAUAAUUCAUGCAUCGACUUCAGCUACAGUGCAGUGUCGCCGACCAAUGAGAACUGUCUGCUUUCUGACAAAGUGUUGUCUUCAUCUGAAGAUAACUUUUGGACAACUUACACUAGCUUCUGUAUGUAAACAUUCAACCAAAAUAUAGCAAGCUUCUCCCACACUUUAUGACAACUAUGUUUAAAAUAUAAAUAUACUCUCGUUGACCCUAAAACAAGCUUCACUUUAAGAUUAUCAUUUUGUAAGUUGUCUAGUAUUUCUCCAAAAAUUGAUAUGGUUUCAACCAAAUAUCAUGUUUGCCAUGGUGUCAUAUGGGACUGGGGUCGAAUGGUUCUCAUAAACGUUUGUGAUUAAUUGGAUUAACUCGGUGACUUGUUAAUUUCGUUUCAUUCUACAAUGACGGUUUUGCAAUGCUGAUUGAUGAGUUGACGCGAAAUGACGUCACAUUUACCAUUGGGCAUUUGAGGUCACCCAUUGCAUUCAACGUCACCUUAUGCAAUCAGACC